GAGUGACGUCAUAAUUGGUCAGUACGUAUGCCUGGUAUACUGAGAGUGUCAACGACAGCAAAAUGUCCUCAUGAUUUGGGCAUUUCAAGUUUGACGCUUUCUGACAUUUUAGUUUUGACGCUUUCUGACAUUUUUGGAGAGGGAUCCAAGUAAUAUGCAGAGAAGUGUCACAGCAAUCUAUACGAUGUAUAUAAACCACAUGGUAACGGUAAGACGACAAAUCACUCGCUUGACUUACAGAGAUUACCCACUUUACCGUACAUUCUAGAGAAACAAUGGCAUUUUCAGGUAUCUGUGAUACGUCAUCAGCUCGACUUUUGGACAACGAUGAACUCCAGGCUUGUUUCGGAGAUUCCGAUGGAGGAAUAUCGUCUGGUUACGAUUCUGGAGAUGUUUACGACUCGGACGCAGAACCGCAAGUUAGGAUUUUCACAACCAACCAUUCCCGUUCCUCCAAACUUGCCACGGAGCCAGAAGUUGAGCAAAUGUUCAACAAUCCUGCCCUAUUCUCGGACACUGACACCGACUCUGACUCAUUUAGGGACCCGGAUGAAUCAGAUUCAGACGAUGACAGUGACAGUGAGUUUGGAGAUGACGAGGAUGACGUCAUGAGAUUCACCAGUACCGAUAACCUCUGUGACAGUCUGAAGUACAUCCUUUCCAUGCCUGAACUUUGUGAUGUCACAUUCCACGUGGGGCCUCAGAAAACACCCGUCCACGGGGUCAAGGCCAUUCUGGGAACCCGUAGCAGAGUAUUAUACGGUAUGAUCCUGAAGGCAGAAAAGGAGCUGGAAAAAAUACAGAACACGACAUCAAAAAACAUGAAGAUGAGAAAACAGAAAGCGGAGAAAACAUUAGCACCAACAAGACUUACAAUCGACGUCAAUACGUACGAAGCCGAUGUGUUCCGAAAGAUAAUCCAGUUUGUUCACAGUGGAUCGGUCAAUGUGGACUCCUCGUCUGUUAUUGAGUUGAUCUGUGGAGCGGAAGAGUUUGGACUGAAGGAUCUGAGAAUGGCAUGCUGGGAUUUCGUAGAUCGAUGUAUCGAAGCCGGUACUGACCUAAGUCACGUUGUGACGUCAUCAAGUCAACACAUGCACAACCGAAAACUGUUUAACAGCAUAUCAACAAUGAUUGCAUCUAAAUCGAAUUCUCAAAAACCAGGACCACGCGUUAUUGUGACGUCAACACAGGGAUGUACUUUAAACACGCCGAGGGAGACAAUUGUGUAGUGAACUUCGGCAAAAUAUAUUUUUAGUGCUCAGUGAACUUGAUUAGUGCUAACAUCAGCCUGCGAAAUGGCAGUGUGACAGACAUUUUUUUCAUUUUUAAUAUUUAACAAUAAAUAUUUUCAUACUUUU